ACUUGCGAGCAGGUAUCAUUAUGGUGGGGUUUGGCCGGAAGAAGUCGACGAGCAACGCGGGCAGCGACACGGCGCUGGACCGCAAGGGCAAGGUCGACGGCUCGAGCCUCCUCGACGGCAACGGUGACCCGACCGGCGGUGCGCUCUUUGGCGCCGAAGUCUUUGACAAGAAGGUCAAGCGCGAGUCCAACAACGACGACGACGACGUGGGCCAGGAAAACAAAAAGCCCAACAAGCGCUGGUUCCGCCUCCCAGGCCUCAAGCGCAAGUAAGCGCACGGUAUUUUAUGUGGCGUCCCUUUAUGUGCACAGAUAUCUGGUCUAAUGCGAUCAAUAUACCCCACGAUUCUGACUUGAUA